ACAGUUAUAUUCUUUUGCGUAGAUGUGGACAUAAGAAUCAGAAAAGGAAAGAAAAGUAGUACCCGGAGAUCACAAAUUUACAGGAGCAAGGCGAAGCACCUGUCCCAGUUGGCCGCCAUUAAUGGCGGGAGUCAAACCUAAAUCGUCAUCGUCAUCUUCGACAAAAGACACUAAAGCUGCUAACAGACGCAUCUGGUUUUACUCCUUGUUGCUCACUUUACAAUACGGUGCUCAGCCUCUUAUCUCUAAGCGCUUCACGGGCCGAGAAGUGAUUGUGACCUCGUCUGUAUUAGCAUGCGAGCUUGCAAAGGUUGUCUGUGCCCUGAUUCUCAUGGCAAAAGAUGGCAGUUUUGGGAAGGUAUUCAAGGAAUGGACUUUGGUCGACUCUUUGACUUUGUCAGGGUUGCCAGCAGCUACAUAUGCACUGCAGAAUAGCUUGUUGCAAAUCUCAUAUAAAAAUCUCGACUCACUCACAUUCUCAAUGCUGAACCAGACAAAGUUGUUUUUCACUGCUUUCUUUACUUACAUUCUGUUGAGACAAAAGCAAUCAAUUCAACAAAUUGGGGCUCUUCUCCUGUUAAUAAUUGCAGCUGUUCUUCUGAGCAUUGGUGAAGGUUCCCGCAAAGGAUCUACUAGCAGAGACCCUGAUGAAAUUCUAUUUUAUGGGAUUGUUCCUGUCCUGAUAGCAUCUGUUCUCUCUGGUCUUGCUUCUGCAUUGUGUCAGUGGGCUUCACAGGUCAAGAAACGCUCAUCAUACUUGAUGACCGUAGAAAUGUCUGUAGUUGGGAGCCUCUGUUUGCUAGCUAGUACCUAUAAGUCUCCAGAUGGAGAGGCGAUUAGACAACAUGGACUGUCUUACGGCUGGACUCUACUUACUUGGAUCCCUGUAUUGUUCAAUGCUGUUGGUGGAAUUCUAGUGGGCCUUGUAACGUCCUAUGCUGGUGGUGUUCGAAAGGGAUUCGUCAUUGUGUUUGCACUUCUUGUCACCGCUUUUCUGCAAUACCUCGUGGAUGGGAUAAUACCUUCCGCAUAUUGUCUUGCUGCCCUUCCAAUUGUUAUCAUCAGCAUUGCAAUAUAUCAGAAGUACCCAUACAGCAUUAAAAAGAAGGAAGCCUAGACUUUUAUUCACAAUGCCAGAUCCAGUAAUGCCCCAGUGCUACAUUUUUCCUUUUAUAACUUAUAUUUGACUCUUUAUAGAUCAACAGCCUCUUCAGGCUAUUAUGAGUAUAGUCGCACCUGGUAGUUAGGAAUUUAAGAAGGCAUUAACUGCAGAAUCUGGUUCAGAAGUUAAUUGAUAUCUUUAGGAAUGCAUUAUGAACUGUACAAAUUGUAGAUUAUCGUCCAAGUAUAGUCACACCUUUUGGCAAGAGCUGAAAGUAUAAUUGUUGUCUUAUAAGC